AUGGGUUUUAGACUCCGUCCAAUAUCUGGAGCUCAAGAUCGCUGUCUACAAACCCCUGGCGGCCUCUUCCUACAUACCCUACCGAAAGCCUUAGCCAGUAAAAUGGCAGUUCUCAAUAUCCAGAAUGAGGACCACAAAUGUCUCGUCUGGAGUGUGUUAGCAGCUCUUCACCCCAUCAAAGAUCAUCGAGAACAUGCAUAUCGAGUAUCUCACUAUAAGCCCUAUGAAAACGAAAUCAAUGCGGACGGGUUGUCUUUUCCCACCCCCAUUCACCAGCUGGACAAGUUCGAGAAAAUGAACAACCUGUCGAUAAACGUGUUCGGUUGGGAAAACAAUGAGAUUUUACCUCUUCGGAUCACCAGGAGUCGAAACGGUGAUCGUCAUAUCAAUCUGUUGCUCAUUUCUGAUGAGGAAAAGAGACAUUAUUGUCUUAUCAAGAACAUAUCUCGUCUUCUUGCCGGACUCACCAAACAUAAGUGUGGAACAUUUUAUUGUGACUAUUGCCUUCACCGAUUCACAAAGAAGGAGACUCUCGACGGGCAUGUAGAAGACUGUCGAGUGCAUGGAUCACAAAAAAUUAAAAUGCCGGAAAAUAAAUGGUUAAAAUUCGACAAGCACCAGUUUCAACUACCCAUUCCAUAUAUAGUUUAUGCCGACUUUGAAUCCAUUUUAGUAAAGCAAGCUACCUGCCUACCGGAUCCUUCGAAGUCAUCAACCACCUCUGUAGCCAACCAUCUUCCUUGUGGAUACAGUUACGUGAUCGUGGGACAAGACGGUUCAUUUUAUCGGGAACCUCAAGUAUAUAGAGGGAAAGACGCUGUCAACCACUUUCUAGCAUCUUUAUUGGAAGAAGAAAGGGGCAUCUUUGAAAUUUUGAAAACUGUAGAGCCUAUGAUUUUCACCCAAGAAAAUCAAUGGGUUACGAAUCUGCCUCUGAAUGUCAUAUCUGUGCGGGACCAUUGCCAUCUUUCAGGAGUCUACAGAGGAGCAGCUCAUAAUGGAUGCAACAUCAAUUUCAAAUUUGCAAAUUUUCUACCCGUGGUCUUUCAUAAUCUGAAGGGAUAUGAUUCUCACCUCCUGAUGCAAGCGGUGGGAAAAUUCAAGGACGAAGAGAUUAAGUGUAUUCCGCAGAAUUCAGAAAAAUUCAUCUCUGUUUCUUUGGGUCGUCUACGCUUCAUCGAUUCUCUACAAUUUCUGAAUGCUUCUUUAGAAAAGCUCGCGGCUAAUUUGGAAUCCCAACAAUUUCAACUGACAAGAACCUAUUUUCGGGAAAAAACAGAUCUGAUGCUUCGAAAAGCCGCAACUUCCACCUCUCUCUUCUCUGCCUUCUACAGCCAUUUAACAGAGAGUGAUAUCAACGAUGAGGAUUACCAACAUGCGAACAGAGUCUGGGAAGAUUUCGGAUUACGUCAUCUAGGAGACUACCACGACCUCUAUGUAAAAAGUGAUGUUUUGCUUCUGGCGGAUAUUUUUCAAAACUUCAGACGACUAUGUCUUGAUUUUUACAAACUGGAUCCGGCACAUGUUUACACAGCACCUGGUCUGGCCUGGCAAGCUGCUCUACGCAUGACCGACGUCCAACUGGAGUUACUCACCGAUCCUGAUAUGUAUCUCUUUAUAGAAAAGGGCAUUCGAGGUGGCAUCGCUAUGAUUUCUCAUCGCUUCAGCCCAGCCAAUAAUAAAUAUAUGGAAAAUUAUGACCCAACGAAGUCAUCAUCUUAUAUUAUGUAUUUGGAUGCCAAUAACCUUUACGGAUGGGCCAUGAGUCAAGCUUUACCAACCCAUGACUUCAAGUGGCAUGACGGACCUCUUAACUUCAUGGAGAUGGCUGACGAUGCGGAAGAAGGAUGUAUCCUUGAAGUUGAUCUGGAGUAUCCAAGGGAACUUCACGAUGAUCAUUCGGACUAUCCUCUUGCUCCCGAACAAGUAGUCGUGACUCCUGAUAUGUGGUCACCUUACACGCGAGACCUGGCAACUAAAUUCCAAAUCCCACCGAGCAGUUCUAUCAAAUUGGUGCCAAAUCUGCAACCUAAGCAUCGGUACGUGAUACAUUACCGAAAUCUGAAGCAAUAUGUUUCACUGGGGCUUCACGUGACCAAGAUCCAUCGAGUGCUAAAGUUCAAACAAUCUCCUUGGCUUGCAACAUACAUUGAAUUCAACACUAGGCAACGUAAACUGGCUAAAUCUUCAUUCGAAAAAGAUUUGUUUAAACUCUUAAACAAUUCAGUUUUCGGAAAGACGAUGGAAAAUCUCAGAAAACGUACCUGCAUUGAUCUGGUUCAUCGAGAUAAACAAGCCAAGAAGUUAGUCGCUGCUCCAACAUUUCAUUCCUUCAAGAUCAUCACCGACGAUCUGGCAGCCAUUGAGCGACGGAAAACCAGCUUGGUUCUGAAUCGUCCUAUCUAUGUAGGCUUCAGCAUCUUGGAUUUAUCAAAAACGUUGAUGUAUCAAUUUCAUUAUGGAUAUAUCAAGAAAACAUAUGCAUCAAAGGCCCGUUUAUUAUUCACAGACACCGACAGUCUGUGUUACGAAAUAGAAACUGAUGAUAUUUUUCAAGACAUGAGCAACAAUCUGAACUUAUUCGAUACCUCAGAUUACCCAGAAAAUCAUCCCCUCUACAGCCUUACCAAUAAAAAGACGAUUGGUAAAAUGAAAGAUGAACUAUCUGGACAAAUUGCCCAAGAAUUUGUUGGACUCAAGCCAAAAAUGUACAGCCUACUGAGUAACUCUACUGAGAAAAAAACUGCUAAGGGCGUAUCGAAAACCAUCCUUAAAAGACAGAUUCGUCAUGGGGACUACGUUAACUGUCUUUUACAACAACAACGCGGCCUUGCGCAUGUGCAACGUAUUGCUAGCCACAGUCAUCAGAUAAAGACUGUGGCUUACACGAAAGCUACUUUGUGUCCUUUCGAUACAAAACGGUACAUUUUGGACGAUGGGAUAUCGUCCUAUGCAUACGGACAUUAUGCCAUAUAAUUUUUAGUUUGAAUAAUUUUGU